CUGUGCUUCUAUAAGUUAUAGAUCAAUAAAAGAAGAAAACGGUUAUCCAACUUUUAAGGCGUACGUUACCAUGGAGGAAGGAGCGCAUGAAAAGCUGCUGCAUCUCACUUUUGAAGAAACAGAGGGAACAGAGUCAUCUGAAAAUGCAAAAACCAGCUUCCUUCAAUCAAGUAAAUUCAUGCUAUGGCUUCAAAUAUUUAUCUUCACAUUCUUUACUCUUGGUGGCCAAACAGUUGGCACUCUGUUGGGUAGAGUAUACUAUGAGCAAGGUGGCCAAACCAGGUGGAUUGCUACAUUGGCACAAACUGCUGGAUUCUCAAUUCUCCUGCCUAUCAUUUGCUAUCCUUCACCCAAAAAUCCCAACGAACAAGAACUUAGCACUGACCAGCCUUCUAUAUUUGUUCGCGCUUCGGUUUACAUCUUCCUUGGUUUAUUUCAAGUAGCAAACUCUCUGUCCUAUACAGUUGGAGUACAGUACCUUCCGGCCUCUACUUAUUCCCUAAUUUCCGGUUCACAAUUGGCAUUCAAUGCGCUGACAUCGCUCUUCCUCAAUGGACAAAAAAUCACUCCAAUUAUACUAAACUCCAUCGUGCUUCUCUCGUUUUCAUCCUCUGCUGUUAUGUUCCAGAACGAAACGGGUGAUAGCGGAGAAAUAUCUCAGAAAUCUCUAUUACUCGGAUUUGCAGCUACUACUUUCGGGUCUUUAGGUUAUGCCUUGCAGUUCUCGUUUACAGAACUAGCGUUCCAAAAAGUAUUCAAAAGCGGCACGUUAAAAGAAGUCAUGAAAAUGUCGUUUUUCGUCGGUUUUUUCGUGACGAUUGCUUCGUUAACGGGGCUUUUUGCAAGCGGUAAUUGGAGGGACUUGGAGAAGGAAAUGGGAGCUUACAGAACAGGGAAAUUAUCAUAUGUUAUAAACUUGGUUUGUACUGCUAUUGCUUGGCAGUUAUACGCUGUUGGAUCAUUUGGAUUGGUUUUCAAGGCAUCUUCAUUGUUCUCUAAUGUGAUCAUCAAUUUGGGAACUUCAAUUGUGCCAAUUUUUGCAAUGGUGUUCUUGAAAGAUAGAAUGACUGGAUUGAAGGUGUUGUCAUUGUUAUUGGGAUUAUGGGGAUACACAUCAUAUAUCUAUCAACACUAUCUUCUUGAUUUAGAGGCAAAAGCAAGUGAAAUUAAAACCUCAGAUGAUCAGGAUGACGAUUUUUAGUAAGCCUAUCAUUCAAGAAACUUAAAUAUUAGCCUUUUAUUUUAGAUUGAUAAGUUAAUUUAUAGCUUAUUGUUUAAUCAUGUAAAUUUUAAGAUUUCCGUGUUAAUUGUACUGCUGUUUAUAUAUUGGAUGUAUUUGGGUAUCUUUUGCUCUUA